GACUCAUUUAGUGUGUGAGGACUGUUUUAAAAGUGUGUACGCUGAGGGGCUGAACUCAAAGCCCCCCGUGGCCGUCUUGAUAGCAAACGGAGCCAGUUGAUUUCCCCCAGAGACUCCAACGCAGAUGGUGUGAGCAGUGAGGGGAAAAGUUUAUGACAGCUCUGCUGUUUUCGGUUCACGGCUGCCCCAUGGAGCUUUUUGAUUUUACGGUUGCAGCUAUAGACUUUUGACCGGACUGUUUGACUCAGUAAUGCACUUGUAUCGGACAGAGUCACGUUCGGGAUUGAAUCUCGGACCGCAGUGAAUCCUGUAGCGGAGUCACGCACUGGAGUUGUUUUGGGUUUUAUUGACAUUUUUUCCCACUGCGUUUUUGUGGACGUUCUUUGGAUAGCAUUUUUUUAAGAAAGGUCUUUGGGUUUGGUCAUGGACGAGCAGGCUGGCAGCACGGGCAGCAGCCCUCAGCACGGCCGUGGAUCAGCCAAGCAGGACGUUCUCCGCUGUGGUUGGCUCCGGAAGCAAGGAGGCUUCGUGAAGACCUGGCACACGCGCUGGUUCGUCCUGCGAGGAGACCAGCUGUACUACUACAAAGAUGAGGACGAGACCAAAGCUUUGGGCACCAUUUUCCUACCUGGCAACAGAGUCACCGAACAUCCCAGCAAUGGGGAUGAAGGCGGAAAGUUCCUUUUUGAAGUCAUCCCAGGGGGCGACAGGGAGCGAAUGACAUCCAACCAUGAGACGUAUCUACUUAUGGCCAGCACACAGAAUGACAUGGAGGAUUGGGUGAAGAGCAUCCGCAGGGUGAUAUGGGCUCCGUUUGGAGGAGGUCAGAGGACUGAGAAUAUAAAGGAAUGGCUUCAGGGCAAUCUGAUGAAUCAGUGGACGAAAAGGAGACAAGAUGAGAUGAAGAGAAGGGAUCAGAGGAGAGAAGAGAAGACCAAAGAAACUGUAAGAGCUCAAAGGGUGCGAGACUGUAACAAGGGACAAAAAGAAUUGAGGAAAGACCAUCAAAAAAUGAAGAGACAACCUCAAAGUAACACAGAUGUUCACACCGUGGCAUCUUUGCUGAAGCUGUACUUGAGAGAGCUGCCCGAGCCGGUCAUCCCGUUCUGUAAAUACGAAGAGUUUCUGGCCUGCACCAAACUCCUCAGCAAAGACCAGGAUGCAGGAAUGAAGGAAUUAAAAAGGCAAGUAGAAGGUCUACCUCCGGUAAACUACAAUCUGCUUAAAUACAUAUGCAAGUUUUUGGAUGAAGUUCAGUCCUACUCAGGUGUGAAUAAAAUGAGUGUACAGAAUCUGGCCACGGUCUUUGGGCCAAAUAUUCUAAGGCCAAAGGUUGAGGACCCAGUGACUAUAAUGGAAGGCACAGUACUGGUCCAGCAAUUGAUGGCUAUUCUGAUUGGCCACCAUGAUGUUCUUUUCCCACCCGAUGAGGACCAUACUAGCACUCUGGAACUGGUUAAUAAUAACAAUAAUGAGACGCAAAAACGGCCUACGAAUGGUCAGAUUCAAAACAAAGAGAACAAUAACACCAGUGGGGUGCGACAGUGCACUUGGGACACGCCAGAAUCACCCAGCCGGGCUCCUCUGGACAAUGGCUCUCCUCGUUCAGGCAGCCCACGUAAUGGUUUUACGGGACAACGAUUCGAGGUGGCCCGCAGUCCGCCAAUCUCCUUGAAAAAGAACCCGGCGUUUAGCAAAGGGAGUGGGAUUGUCACCAAUGGAUCGUUCAGUUCAUCCUCAUCGUCCUCAGGUGAUACCAAUCAGGAGAAAAUUCAAACUCUACCGAACAUGGGAACCCUUCAUGCCCGUCGGACGGGUGCGAUUAAAGGCUCAGGCACCAAAAUGGGCAUUCAGAAUGGCAUCGUUCGGAUGGGCGUAUCCAGCGCAGAUGUUACAAAUGGGACUCUAAAUGGACGGAAUGGACUCUGGGUGCCCAACGGUCACGUCACAAUGCGCGAGGCUAAAAGUCGAGACGCUGAGCACCAGCAGAACCGCCUGUCUACGUACGACAACGUCCAUAUCCAUCAACAGCAGCCCACGCAGCCCAGUCUGAGCAGCAGCUGUGAGGACAAACAGAGCGUGGAUAGCGCCACAUGGUCCACCUCGUCUUGCGAGAUCUCUCUACCAGAAAACUCCACUUCUUGCCGCUCGUCCACGACCACGUGCCCAGAGCAGGACUUCUUUGGCAGCAACUUUGAAGAUCCUUUGUUGGACGGGCGGGAGGACAACGGACUGGCGGUGGAUGAUAGGGAGCAGCGGACCAGUAACGGAGGAGGCCAGGGAAGCAGAGGAACGAGCAGCAGCGAUAACAGCGAGACGUUUGCCGUCACCAAUGGACCGACCAAUCACAGUGCUCUGCACAGCCUGGUGGCCAGUCUCAAACAGGAAAUGCUCAAGCAGAAGAACGAAUAUGAGGCCAGGAUCAAGAGUCUGGAACUUCGGAAUCUAGAGUUGGAGACGGUGAUGGCGAAUCUACACGAAGAGCUUGACCAGGAGAAAAAGAAAUACACCAUGGUGGAGAUCAAGCUGAGAAACGCAGAGCGAGCCAAGGACGAUGCAGAAAAAAGAAACGAGAUGUUGCAGAAAGAGAUGGAGCAGUUCUUUUCCACCUUCGGAGACCUGACCGCAGACCCGCGACAGCCCGACAGAGCCAACACCAUCUGGAUUCAGUGAGCAGUUAGUGGUCUACCAUUAACAUUACAUUGUGUGGGCUUGUGUUCAGACAGAACGGGACUAAAUCAACCUUCACGUUUGGUGCGAAGGCUCGACACGACUGAGCGAAGCCCAUUGAGCCAAAUUUUCAGAACUGAACGUGGACCAGUUGUUGGAUUGAACCAGUUGGAUUCAAGAAGAGGGAUGAUGGGACGAUGCAGCUUGGAUGUUAAAAUAAAAGAUGAUUUUUAAACCAAAAGAAGGCAAUUCUGACCUGAGAGCGAAUGAUAAGAGGAACUCUUGACGGUUGAGGUUGAAUGUGAGGGAAUGAAUCAAUUACAUGAAUGAACAUUGAGUUUUAGAUGAUGGGAAACUCCUGAAGGACGACAGAAGCACGAAUGUCACUCCUAUUUCUU